ACACGUCAAAGCAAAGAACUUUGGAAACCCAGAAUCAAGUGUAAUUCCUAUCUGUCCUCAACACCGAAGUAAAGAAUAACAGAACUCAGGACCCCUAUAAAAUUAACACAAAAGCUAAAGUUUCAGUCCUUGUAUUGGAGACUGGAGACAUAACCUCCUCUCAUCAUCAUCUCUCUCUCCAGUUUCUUUUUCGACACAGUACUAUUUCUUAAGGGAAAAAAAAAUCUAAGAAAAGCCAGCCCAACAGUGUGUUAUUUUAAUCAGCUCGUGCUUAGAAGUUCAAGGUGUCAGACACAUAAAACCAAGGAGGAGCAUUAGAAGCUGCGACUGGGAACGAAUAGAGAGGGGAGAAACACAGAUAAAGAGAGGAGAAGUCUUAGUUUUGUUAUUUUUGGGGGGUUCAAGAGCUUUGGAAAUGGUGAGGGAUUGAGUGCAGUUGCUUAGAAUGGUGAUUAUGUGCUGGAUGGAUACAAAAACUAGGAAUAAAUGGGGUUAUUUUGAUCACAGAAGAAGACAACAUCAAUGUACAAAACGAACAAAUACCACUACAGAUUUGGCGAAAGAAAUGACACCGGGAAGUUUCUCAAACAUGGCUUCUAGCUGGUGUAAUAAGAAGAUCUCAUCCGUCAUUUCAGUUUUUGUAUGCUUUCUUCUUGUUGUUUCUUCAAAGAUUUGUCCUGUUUCAUCCUCGGAAACCGGCAGUCGCCAUGCAACCAACCAAACUUUCCGACCCCAAGAAGAGUUACAGAAGUUGAAGUAUAUAAGAAAGCAUCUCGAGAAGAUUAACAAGCCUGCUGUCAAGACAAUUCAGAGUCCUGUCGGUGAUCUUAUUGACUGUGUUUUGUCCCAUCAGCAACCAGCCUUUGAUCACCCUCAACUUAAAGGACAAAAGCCAUUGGAGCCUCCAGAGAGACCAAAAGGUCUUGAACCAACAGGCAUGGUAACUGAAAACUUUCAGUUGUGGGAUUUGUCUGGUGAAGCAUGCCCAGAAGGGACAAUUCCAAUCAGAAGAACAACUGAGCAAGACAUGCUAAGAGCAAGUUCCAUUAGAAGAUUUGGCAGAAAAUUAAGAAGGCAUGUUAGAAGAGACACUAACAGCAAUGGCCAUGAGCAUGCGGUUGGAUAUGUGACUGGAGAUCAAUAUUAUGGAGCGAAAGCCAGCAUAAAUGUGUGGGCACCCAGGGUUUCCAGUCAGUAUGAAUUCAGCCUGUCACAAAUGUGGGUCAUUUCCGGUUCAUUUGGCGAUGAUCUUAACACCAUUGAAGCUGGAUGGCAGGUUAGCCCAGAACUGUACGGGGACAACUAUCCACGGUUCUUUACAUACUGGACUUCCGACGCUUAUCAAGCAACUGGAUGCUACAACUUGCUAUGCUCAGGCUUCGUCCAAACCAACAAUAGAGUUGCAAUUGGGGCUGCUAUCUCUCCAACAUCCUCCUACAGUGGAGGACAGUUUGACAUUAGCUUAUUGGUUUGGAAGGAUCCAAAGCAUGGAAAUUGGUGGCUAGAAUUCGGAAACGGGGUUCUAGUAGGGUAUUGGCCAUCAUUCUUGUUCACUCACCUGAGGGAUCAUGCAAGUAUGGUACAGUUCGGCGGAGAGAUCGUUAACUCCAUGCCAUCAGGGUUCCACACCUCUACUCAAAUGGGAAGUGGCCAUUUUGCUGGAGAAGGUUUUGGAAAAGCCUCAUAUUUUAGGAACUUGCAAGUUGUUGAUUGGGAUAACAACUUACUUCCAUUAUCAAAUCUUAGGGUUUUGGCCGACCAUCCAAAUUGCUAUGAUAUACAAGGCGGUAUUAAUAGGGUUUGGGGUAAUUAUUUUUACUAUGGAGGACCUGGAAGAAAUGUGAGAUGUCCCUAAGGGAAUGGUAUAGGGUGGGAAUUUUUUCUUCUUCUUCUUCUUCUUCCUCUUGUUGGGUGAUAUGGGUUUUCAUCUCGAGAUCACUCGGUCAGUUUGGGGCUAUUCUUAUACUUAUAAUUUCCUUGUUAAUCCAUAUUUGUUUUCUUAUUUCUUCUCAGCUAACAGCCAACAGAUGAUUUAUCAUGUAUACCUCCCUUAGGGACUGAUGUAAAUGUGGGGAAAAAAAAAGGAAAGGAAAGGAAAUAUUAGUGAAGUUUAUACUAUGGUUUGUGAUUUUAUUC